GUAGAAAAAGGUUGUUAUCCACAUAGAAAGUAUCUAUCUAUCAAGAUUUCAUUCAAUUGCUUUGAAACUUAGUUUAUCAGUUUCAAUUCUAAGUAUAACUUCGAUCAGAUUAAACUGAUAACCACUACCGAUCACAUGAAUCAUCAAGGUCAAUUCUUGUUGACAAUUAUUCUGGAUAUUGUCGGUCUGUCUUUGUUGCGAACUUGACAUUUGCUAAUUGAUUGCGAAUUUAUAUGUUAUUCAGAUUUAUAUAAUUAUCUAAAUAGUUUUAAGUUGACAGUGAUUAAGUGUUUGUCAGUUGUCGAGAUAUACGAAAUGGAUGAUCAUUUAGGUGCAAGUCAAAAUCUAAAACGACACAAGAAGAUUCCAAUUUACAUAGUGGAAAAUCACCACGAUGUUAUCCCUUUCAUAUAUAGAAACAUAGGAUCAAAACAUUUACCUUUGGAAGGAUCUAUUUUGAUACAUUUUGAUUCGCAUCCAGAUAUGUUGAUACCAACAAAUAUGCCAGCAGAUGAUGUGUUUCAUAAAGAAAAACUGUACAAGAGUCUCGAUAUAGCAAAUUGGAUCAUGCCGGCAGUUUACGCUGGUCAUUUUGAUCACGUCAUUUGGAUUAAACCACCAUGGGCUCAUCAAAUAGAAGAUUCUAGUCAGAGCUUCAACAUAGGAAAGGAUAAAGUGGAAGGAACGAUACGUUUAGAUUGCAAGGAAACGUACUUUUUGUCUGAAUGUUUGUAUUCCAAUUUAAGAGAUUUGGAAAAUGUGAAAACAGUUAAAUUAGAUGUUUUUACGUUAGGAAACACGUUACAAAAUUUAUCAGAUGAUCUUAAUAAACUACGUUCAUCAAUUUCGAAGUCAGAUGCUCGUGUAGUUUUGGACAUAGAUCUGGACUUCUUCAGUACAGGAAAUCCCUUUAAUAGAAUUUAUGAAAAAGCCGACCUUUACAACCAACUUAAAGACAUUUAUUUCUUUAAACCACCGGAAGAAAAAAAAGAUAACAUUAUAUCUGAAGUUGUUAAUAAAAGAAAAAUACAGAUAUCACAACUUUACAAUAUAUUUAAAUAUUUAAAUGAUAAUAGACGUAUGCCAGAAGAAGAUCAGUCGUCUGAAUUGUGGAAGAAGGUAGAUUCCAUGAGAAAUAUUAUGCUGGCACAUUACGGAGAUGAUGAAAUAGACUGGCUGUUAAUUCAUGAUGCGGGUUGUACAUGCGACGAAUCUGGUUUACCCGAUCAUAUUUCUACUAUAGAAGAACUUCAAGUUUUGUUUAGCUGUUUCAAAAAUCUCUUAGAUGUAUUGCCUAAAAAUCCUACAAUAAUUACGAUAUCCAGAUCAACUGAAGACGAUUACACGCCAUUUGAAAAUGUGGAGUUGAUACAAAAUAAAGUACUCGAACUGUUAAAUGAAACAUUUCAGUGUGAUGAACCUGUUUUAGAUUACCUAUCAACAAUUAGUAAUUGAGUCUGAUAUAAAUAUCGAUUUAUUUUCUGUAUAUGUCUGCAUAUGCCACUUUUACGCUCGUUUGCAAAAUCGGACUGCCUGAUCGAUUUAUGUCUUUGUUUACCUACUAUCAAUUAUUUUAAAACUUAUUUAUAGUUUUACUAGAUUAUAAAUUUAAAAGUAGGAUUUAGGAUUUCUGUGUUAAUGUAUAAACAAUGUAUUCAAAAUUGCACUAUUCUAAAAAUUUACACACAAAUCCAUAAAAAAUGUCAAUGAGAUUGUUAUUAGUAGCUAAAAGUAGCGUUUUCCUAGAUAAAAUUUGAAGAAUACUCCAUUAAAAAAAAUAUUAAAUGUAAAAUAGAAAACUCGGAGCUAGAAGAAAAAUAGAGAAAACAAUAUAUAAACUUUCGUCUAAUCUUUAUACUUAGAAUCGUCAGGCGCUUUAUCACAAUCACUAUCGUCAUCAGUCAUCAUAUAUCACCACUAACAUUGAUAAUGACUAGUUUAAUGUCUAAUCUCCUUCAAGAGUAAUACAAACGUUCAAAUGCGACUCUAACUUCUCGUUGCCGUGCUUGUAGACGGAUUUGUCUUUUGUCUCAAAAUAGGCUUCAGCAUCAGAGCAAUUGCUCCUUAAAAUGAGCUAAAUUCCUUACCGGCGAGCAUUUUGUUGAGAUCAGCGAAUAGCCAGUAGUCACUGGGGGGUCAGAUCUGGACUAUGCGGUGGAUGAGAAAGCAAUUCGAAGUGUAACUCGUUCAAUUUAACCAUAGUUGCCAUCGAAUCGGUGCAUUGUCGUGGUGAAACAGUGUUUUUUUUCUUCGACAUAUGAUUUUGGAUUUUUGCAUCCAAACGAUCCAACAACUCUAUGUAGAAUUAGUUAUUGUCUAUCUGUUCUUUUGGAGAUAGUCGAUGAAAAAUAUUCCAUGCGCAUCCCAAAAUACUGAAGUCAUAACCUUCCCAGUUGUCUGUUGUGCCUUUGGACGGUUCGGACGGGGUUCACCGGCUGCAGUCCACUCAGUUAUCAUGUAUAAACAUGGCUAAACACUGCUCUGAAUUAUCAACGCGUUGUUUGUUUUUGAUCCAUCGUGAGUAAACGCGGCACCCACUGUGAAAAAAGCUUUUUCAUUGUCAAAUUUUCCUGAUAUGUGAAAUUACCAUUAAAUAUAGACAAUUUGUGGAUUUUGACGUUUUCUGGACUAACCACCCCAAUAGGACGACCAGAAUGUUCUCCAUCAUCGGUCUCUACACGAUCAAAUUUAAACUCAGCAAACCAAUAACAAAUAGUUGUUCUUUUUGAUGGAGCAGAGUCCGGAUAACACUAUUAAAGCAAUUACUGAGCUUGUACAGUAUUUUUUUCAUCAAGAAGCAAUGAUAAAUUAACAUACGAAAUUGUUCUGAUUCUAUUGUUUUAAAAAUAACAAAAGUAGCUUCACUUAAAAGCUGUCACUUUUUUCUCACUAUUCGAAAUGUCAUGACAUUUUACACAUAAUCCAAAAAAAUUAGUAUGUCAUAAACGUCAUAUCAAUUUAUUUUAUGGUAUUUAUGGUAGCGCCAACUGUGUGUCAGUCACACCACUUAUUGAUGUAAUAUAUUCACCAAAAAUCUCUAUUCGACAAAGGUAUUAUUUUUUUAAAAUGAGAUAGAGCAAGCUGCUGCGAUGGGCACUAAGCGAAAAUGUUUCAAACAUUCUUUAUAUCUAAUCUUCGCGAACAUGGGCUAAAUGAUGAAACCUUAUUUAAACAAGCUUGAGGCCAAACAGCCGUGUGACCAUGAUGUUAUGUAGAAUGCACCCAAUGAAAUUAAAAUUUUAAUUGUGUUAUUAUUUAAUGAAUAAUGUUUGUUAAAUAGUAUGAAUGAAAUUUUGAAGAUGCAUUCGUGGCUUAUUUACAAUUGUUUCGAAAAUGUAGCUCUGACUACCGCAUCUUGUAUAAAAUGGAAUAAAAACAUUUAUCAAGGUAUCUAGGAGCCUUGAAUACAAGUAUAAAAACGGGAAUUUCG